CGUUAGCAUCACCCGCCAACACCAAAAACAUCAUCGUGAAUCUUUGCUUAUCUCAUCAAGAUCUCACACAGCUGCUACCCUUGGUCAGCACAGUCUCUCGGUAAUAUCAUGAGAAGCUUCAAAUAGUAUUCCAAUCCAGCUGCAGGCGGUCGGUACCAUGGCACCACGACUACUCCUUUUUGCUGGCGCACCGCCCCCUUCGUCUCUUACAACACAAUCAUGUACAAUAACACAACUCGACGACUCUUUCGCUGAGUUCCUCGGGCUGGCCCCUCAAGAAACAGCUCCAGUAUCGUCUCCAAAUCUCGCACCAUGGCGUUCUCUUCCCCUGAACAGAAAACCGCUUCACACAGGAUUCAGCCAGACCCAUAAUAUCAGUAUCAACCUCGCCAACCAAUCCGAAUUUUUCACCACGGCUGAGAUCUCGUUUAAGGAACAAUCUCAGUCUUUUGAGGGCGAAGAUCCGGAGAAUGUGUUGUCGCAGUUCUAUGACCAUUCCCUAGCUUUACACAAUUCGAUUCCAUCAUCACAGCUCGAUAGUUUCGAGGAGACAACAUUUGAGGAGACAUCGUUUAUGACGACGUCUCCGACAAGAAAGUUGGAUAUGGCAGAGACUGUUCCUUCUCAUCUCUCUGAUUUGGAAGAUAUACCGCCGGCUCGGAGGAUUCUGGCUCUCAAUCCCCAGACUGUCACCCUCAACAUUAUUGCCGGCAUUAUAUCCAUCGCACAGCCACGAACUGUCACAACGCGCUGGGGUCGCAGCCUCUCUUUAGUGGAGAUCCUCCUCGGGGACGAUACAAAGACAGGCUUCGCUGUGACGUUUUGGCUUGCGGAGGAGAACGAUGCAGCUGCCGAGAUUAGUGCUCUUCGGCGUCAGGAUGUAGUUCUUAUGCAGAACGUGGCACUUCACGUGUUCAAGGACAAAGUCUAUGGUCAGAGUCUCCGUAGGGGCAUGACCAAGGUGAGUCUGUUAUGGAGAAGGGAUGGGUCCGGGCUUUAUUCGACGCGUGAGCUUUCCAAGCGCGGUCAGAUGCACCCGCAGUUACAAAAGGCGAAGCAAGUAAAAGAUUGGGUGCUCAAAUUCGUAGGAGCUGAUGUUGGAGUAAAGACAAGAGCUAGGAAAGCACGGGUUUCAUGGGACAGACCACCAGAUGACACACAAUGAGGAGUCUUCGUAUUGUAAGACCACUUUUAUUAACCUUUCUAUGAUAUUAGACACUUAUUACUACCAGCGCCAAAUGCAACCGAGAGAAGAGAGACAUCCGAGGGUAUCUAUGCAAAAUUCCAAUCGUCAAACUACGCUUCGAUCCCACGAUCCAUCUAGACAGGCACAGCAGGCUCGGGCUUUCUGUCCUCACCGUCGGGACCCUUCUUGACAGACUUCCAUUGGAAGCACAGACAAGUAAUCAGGGCACAGGCAGCACAAGCAAGAGAGAUGUAAAAGGUGUCCCGAAGGCCCUUCAUGUACGCAUUGAGAACAGUGUCGAGCGCGUCGAGGCGGCCCAUCUUUCUCAGAGUAUCCUCAAUCUCUGAAGCUCCAGUGUUGAUGAAGAUGGUCGGGUCGAUGCCAAUGUUAUCAGCCUUGAGUGUGUCAAUGAGGCCAUUUUGGAAGACAGUUUGGGACACAGCCACGAAGAUGGCGCCUCCGAAGGCUUGGCCGAACUGGACAACAGCGGUGCCAACAGGAACCCAUUCCUGAGGCAAGACAGUUUGGAUGAUAAGGACACCAAUCUGGAAACCUGCACCAAUACCCAAGCCGGCGAUGACUUGGUAGCCAAACCACUCCCCGAGAGGGGAAUGAACGUCGAGGGUUGUGAGCAUGCCGCAUCCGAUAGUGUAGAGAACCAUGCAGGGGAUGAUGACAUAGUUGUAGUAGCCAAUGGCGGUGAUGAUACCUCCAGAGACGAUGGAGCAGAGGACGGUAGCGAGCAGGAGAGGGAGGAUCUUGAUUCCAGCCUGGACGGCGCUAACACCCUGGAUGGCCUGGAAGUAAAGAGCUGAGAAAUGUUAGUUGGGUGGAUGGCGAAGGGCGGUGUGGGACUUACAGAGAUAGUAGAUGAGAGGGAAGAAACCGGCACCAAAGAACAUGGCAAAAAUGAUGGCGGACAAGGUGUUUCGGUUCUUGAACAGACGAGGGGGGAGAGUUCCCUGAUCACCCUUCCAGAAUUGGAUGCCGAUGAAGAUGGCAAUCAUAGCUCCAAAGCCACAGAAGAGACCGAUGAUACGCGAGUUGUUCCAGGGAUAUUCGGCACCACCCCAUUGCAAAGCGAGGAGCAAGCAGACGAUGGCAGGGAUGAAGAUGGCGGCGCCAGCAAGGUCGAGUUUGCGAAUGCGAUCCAUGAAGGUCAUGUUGAUAGUGUCCGAGUCGUUGCGGUUAACAUGGACGAAGAAGAAGACGAUGAUCAUGGCGAGGCCACCGAUGGGGAGGUUGAUGUAGAAACACCAACGCCAGGUUGCGUGCUCGGUAAAUGCACCUCCAAGAAGGGGACCGGCGACAGAAGCGAUACCCCACAUGCCACCAACGAGACCAAAGGCAAGAGGACGCUUCUCAAGAGGCACUGGAGUUGUGAGAAUAACGAUAGAUCCAGAAAAGAGACCAGCCGUUCCAAUCUAAGAGCUCUGUUAGCAAAGAUCAUGGGAAUUGUCUAGGCAACUUACUCCUGCAAUGGCUCGGCCGACGAUGAACGCGACAGAAGUCGGCGCAACAGCAGAGAUCAAACUUCCAAUCUCAAAGAUGAAGACGGCAGUGAGAUAGGCAAUCUUGACAUUGAAGUACUUGUAGAUAGUUCCGUACAUGGGCUGCAAAGCCGUGGUGGUAAGAAGGUAUGAAGAUCCAUACCAUCCAAUAUCCUUGACACUCUGGAACUGCGCUGUGAUGGCGCCGAGUGCAGGAGCGAUGAUGGUCUGGUCAAGAGCAACGAGAAAGAUGGCGAGACAGAGAGACGAGAUGAUGAGGGUAAGCUUUGCAGCGCUAGGGUAUUGAGGCUGCUCGUCAGCGGCAUUGCUGUUGCUGGCGGUUACAGAGCCAGCCUGCUGCUCCUUGUUGUCGGCUGAAGUGUCGAGGAUGUUGUUGGAUCCAACUUCGGUCUUCUCAUCAGAGGAGAGACGAGUCUCUUCGACCAUUGCGUUGGUUGGCGCCGUGGCGGGUGUAGUCGUAGCCAUGGUGAUGUUCCAGGAUUAUUGUGUUGUAGGGAGAGAAGAAAGAGAAGAACUGGAAUAUUUAAUGUAGGAAGAAU